AUGGCUGUUGGCAAGAACAAGCGCCUCACAAAGGGAGGGAAGAAGGGCGGCAAGAAGAAGGCUGGCGAUCCGUUUCUGAGAAAGGAGUGGUAUGACAUCAAGGCGCCCAGCAUGUUCACCGUCCGGAACUGCGGCAAGACCUUGGUCUCCCGGACCCAGGGCACCAAGAUCGCCACUGAGGAGCUCAAGGGCCGAGUGCUGGAGGUGAACCUGGCGGACCUCAACAACGACGAAGACCAGGCCUCCAAGAAGAUCCGGCUCUGCAUCGAGGAAGUCCAGGGCCGGAAUUGCCUGACGGACUUCCACGGCAUGACGCUGACGCGGGACAAGAUCUGCUCCUUGAUCAAGAAGUGGCAGACGCUGAUCGAGGCGCACACGGACGUGAAGACCACCGACGGCUACGUUGUCCGCUUGUUCUGCAUCGCCUUCACCAAGCGGCGCCCGGAUCAGGUGAAGGCCAACUGCUAUGCCCAGUCCGCUCAGAUCCGCAAGAUCCGCGCAAAGAUGGUGGAGAUCAUGACGCAAGAGGCCAACAAGGUGCAACUGCGGGAGCUGGUGAAGAAGCUCAUCCCGGAGUCCAUCGGCAAGGCCAUUGAGAAGCAGGCCCAGGGCACCUUCCCUCUGAAGGAUGUGCUCAUCCGGAAGGUGAAAAUCCUGAAGAAGCCGAAGUUCGACAUCACCAAGCUCAUGGAGCUCCACGGCGAUGGGGACGGCGACGUGGGCGUGGAGAUGGUGCGCCCGGAAGCGGAGGAGGCGAUGAACACCCUGGCCGCCGAUGUGCAGGCGGCUGCUGAUGAUGAGUGA